CAGCCCGCAGCAUGUGCUACUGUCAUGUUGGGGGAAAUCUGCCUCACCAGACUCCCACCCUGACCCCCCACACACUCCAGAAUGUCUGCAUGUGAAUAGGCAGAUGACAGCACUGAAGUUAGAGGGAUGUCUCUGGAAUCGGGAGGAUGAUGUUUCGAACGAAGAGCAAAAUAUCUAUGAAUAAUACGCAUUUGCAAGCGGUGGUUUAAAGAAACAAAAAGAUUCGCGGUUAUUGUAGUCUACUUGGAAGACUUGCCGGGUGGGUGUGUGCAGUCGGCCGAAAUCAAUUGCUGUUGACUACCGCAUUUUUAUGACUAAUUAGCCCGCUCUUUGGGGGAGAGAACUGUAGCAGCUACGUUUAAGCUGUUCGACUUUGAGAAAAAUAAUUAUGGCUGGCCCCGAAUCUGCCCAACAAGAGGUUGACGACAACGCGGAGCAGAUUGACGACGCAGAGCUGGCAUUGCAAGGAAUAAAUAUGCUUCUGAACAACGGCUUCAAAGAAAGCGAGGAGCUGUUCCGAAAAUACAGGAACUACAGCCCCCUGAUGAGCUUUGGUGCCAGCUUUGUGAGCUUCCUGAACGCCAUGAUGACGUUUGAGGAGGAGAAGAUGCAGCGGGCCUGCGAGGAUCUCCACGCCACGGAGAAGCUGUGCGAGAGGGAGAACGCCGGUGUCAUCGAGACCAUCAAAAACAAGAUCAAGAAGAAGAUGGACUCUCAGAGAUCAGAGCUGGCUGUGGUGGAACGCCUACAGAGGCAGAUAAUCGUUGCAGACUGCCAAGUGUAUCUCGCUAUUCUGUCCUUCGUCAAGCAGGAGCUGUCUUCAUACAUCAAAGGGGGCUGGAUCCUCCGCAAGGCCUGGAAGAUGUACAACAAGUGCCACAGUGACAUCAGCCAGCUGCAGGAAACCUACCAGAAGAGAAACCCCAGCUCCAGCCAGCAGGCCAUGGCAGCAACGGCAGAUCCGGCUGGCCCGGUAGCAGCUGCGACAUCAGCAACCACAUCAUUAGCAGCAGCGACAGCAUCGCCCUCUUCCUCCUCCUCUACCUCUUCCUCUCCAUCCCACUCCGCGUCUGCCUCUGCCUCCGCCUCCACCUCCUCCGCCUCCUCCUACACCCCCACCCCCCAGCGGCUGCGAAGGCUGAGCCGGGUGAGUGUGGAGGCGCUGGGUCGCCUCAUGGGCUCGGUCAGCUUCGGCUACGGCCUCUUCCACCUGUGCAUCUCCAUGAUGCCACCGCACCUGCUGAAGAUCAUCAACCUGCUGGGCUUCCCCGGCGACCGGCACCAGGGGCUGUCCUCCCUCACCUACGCAAGCGAAAGUAAGGACAUGAAGGCCCCUCUCGCUACGCUGGCCCUCUUGUGGUACCACACGGUAGUGCAGCCCUUUUUUGCCAUGGACUGCACAGACACCCAGGCCGGGCUGGUGGAGGCCAAGGACAUUCUCCAGAGGAGGGAGGCAGUCUACCCCAACUCCUCCCUCUUCACCUUCUUCAGAGGCAGGGUGCACCGCUUAGAGUGUCAGAUCAACAGUGCCUUGACGUCUUUUAACAAUGCCUUGGAGCUGGCAUCAGACCAGCGAGAGAUCCAGCACGUGUGUUUGUAUGAGAUUGGGUGGUGCAGCAUGAUUGAACUGCGAUUCGAUGACGCCUACAGAGCUUUUGACCGGCUGAGGACGGAGUCCCGUUGGGCGCAGUGUUACUAUGCCUAUUUGACUGGAGUGUGCCAGGGUGCCACGGGGGACACAGAAGGGGCAACAAACAUAUUUAAGGACAUCCAGAAGAUCCCGAGAAGGAAAAACAAUCCGAUUGAGCUCUUCUCCACAAGACGGGCAGAGAUACUGAGUAGGCAGUCUCCCACGCGAGAGCGCUGUACGCUGGCAGUGAUCGAGGUGCUGUAUCUGUGGAAGGCCCUGUCUGACAGCUCUACUUCCGCACUGCAGCGCAUGAACCAAGUCCUGCAAGACACGGAGGGUGCUGCAAGCUCUGGUCUAAGACAACUGCUUCUUGGUGCCAUACACAAAUGCCAAGGCAAUUCCAAAGAGGCUAUUCGGUGCUUUCAACUGGCUGCAAGAGACGAAGAGGGCCACCUGAGCAAUUCCUAUGUGCAGCCCUACUCAUAUUAUGAGUUAGGUUGCAUGCUGUUGGACAACCCUGAGUCUUCAUCAAAGGGAAAAGGACUUCUACUGCAUGCCAAGGAGGACUACGCUGGCUACGACUUUGAGAACCACCUCCAUGUCCGAAUCCACUCCGCCCUGGCCUCGCUGAGGGAGGCAGGGAGCCAGUGAGACCCAUCCCUUCCAGUCCCUCCGGCCUAAUGAACCCACACCUCCACCCAUCCGACAUCCUCUGCUCCACAUUUUGACCUCCAGGCUUUAUGCCGUGCAACUUUCUGAAGCCUAACUCCGGGACCACACUGCAGGCGGCAAAAGCAGCCAAGAUGGCGGAAGUAACACCAGUCAAUGGAACGUCUACAUUUUUGUAAUCCUUACCUUUGGUUGUCUGCUCCCCCUGAUCGAACAUUGAAAGUUUGACUUUUAGCCACUUUUGCUGCAUGUAGUAUGUUCAGUCCUGCAGAGUUUUCCAGCUAUUUUAAGCUGUUUUUUUUCACCUUUAAACUGUUCAUACAGCAAGACUACCAGAGCGGUACUGGUGGCUUGAUGUGCCAGUCCUGUUGGAGCGAAGGACCACACGUUGAUCCAAACUCCAAAGGACUUCAAAAGUGAUCAAACUGUAUCGCCAACAAGACUUUUUUUGUGCUGGGGAAAAUGCAUUUGUUACACUGUUAUAAUAACUUGCCGUCAGUUUGCCCAGUGGGCAUUCCUUUAAGUGUUCUGUUAAACCUCUCUGGGUAUCUUGCAGUACAGUAUGUGCCACUGAGUCACUUUAAUUUGCCAAGAGGCCUGUUUUAAGUUUUAGGAGAACUGCGAAACCAUUCUCUUUGACAUGCAGUGUUUUUUAUUGUAAAGACAAGGUGGUGGAAUGUUGGCAGAGGUCUCUGUGUGCCUGUGUGUGCGAGUGUGGACGUGUGUGUGUGCGUGCGUGUGUGCGUGUGUUUUAGUUACAUAUCCAAAAGCACAUUACAGUUUACGUGAUGGUCGGGUGUGUGUAUCUCCUUUGGUACAGUUUUCUUACUUGUGUUUUAACUUUUUUUUCAUGCCCUGUGAAUAUUCUUUGGGGAAAGAUGUGUCUGUGUGUAUUGAGAGGGAGGGUAAAGUCUAUGUGGUAUUUAGGGGUAUCAUGCUAUUGACAUUCUGAGUGGUUGGAAGAGGGAAGGUCUACAAGUGCCAAAUCUGUAUGGGGUGCUCAGGUCAGUUGUUCUUCCUCUUAUCAAAGUGUCCAUAUCUAUUGAGUCCUGAUAAUUGGGAAACUUGACCUUGAACACCUAUUAUUAUGUUACAAAAUCAGACUAUUUCAGUUCUCUCUCUCUCUCUAGUGUUAAGCCAACUCUGAAAGGCAAAAGAACUGCUGGUAAUGUGGCAAUGUCUUGUUAAUGAUCUGAUCUCAUCCUCCAUUUACUGUAUGGCCGUGGUUAUAUGUGCUGGCAAGGGGAGGACUAUUCUGAGGGAGUAAUACAAUGCUGUUUCACUACUUUUCCCCCUCAAUUUGUACAAAUUGAUGAAAGGGAUUGAGAAUAUUGUCCUAAAAAUAUUUUGUUCCCCAUGUACUGUUAUCUAGGUGUUCUUUUUCCUUUAUUUUAUUUAUUUAAUAUAAUGGGCUGAGCAGCUAUUUUUCUUGUGGUUUUAUUAACAAUAAAUUGAUUUCCUUUGUUAUCUUUGA